AUGCCUCGACUUGUACGUCGUCGUCCGCUCUUUGAGCGCAUCACGAGCUAUCUCAACCCUUGCGAUUUUUUUCUUUGGAUAUCAGAAGAGAUUGACUCGAGUGACUGGGAUAAGUUGGAGAAGGACUGGGCCGGACCCCUUGGCUUUGGUUUUAAUUUUAUCUUCAUGGUUGCCAGAGCAAAUAGUGCUACACAGACAAGCCGCGCAGACGAUGACAUCUUCGGCGACGGCCGUGGCGGAUUGUCUUGGUUUAGCUGCUUGGCUUCGUUCAUCGUGCAUUUCCUCACCUUUUUCUCAGUGACAAAUGCCGUCUACACAUUCUGGCGAAAGCGCCGAUACCGUCUAUUCGAAGCUUCUAUUGAUAAAGUUCCCGCGACGCCGUCGGCACAACGAGUUCAAGUCUCAUCUACUCCGAUGUCAAUAUCCCCCAUUCGCUUUUUGUCGAACAUCUUGACCGGUGAGAGCGCUGAGUCGAGGCGCCACCCUGAUCCGAAACGUGAUGUAUGGGAGAUUGCUGUGUGGGAUCCAUUUCCUCUAUCGCUCCGUCUGUUUUGUUCGUUCAGCCCGGGCCAUGUCCUCGUGUACUGGCUUUUCCUACCCACGCUACCAUCCGAUCCACGACCAAGUGUGACUAUCUUCACUACGCUCGUUCUCGCCAUUUUACUAUCUGUACAAAUGUCCUUCCUCUCUUCGUCAUUCUCUCAACAAGCCAAAGACUCGACCUUGGUCCAUAAAGAAGUUUUGAAUGAAUACGACACCAAAUUCGUCCAGCCCCGUACACACCCGCUUAUGCGGGACGUGGGUGUUCAAUUCUCACAAGAGAACGCUACCCAAGCCGGGUUGGAUGACCAGUACAAUCAAGUUGAGCUGUGGACCCCGACACACAUUAUCAAUCGGGGUUUCAAGACAAGCCCAAAUCCAAAUUAUCUCCGCCAUGUUGACCCAGAGUCGGCAACCAAACCAGGGUCGUCUUCUCGACGACAGUCCUUUAUGCCAUCUAAUUCCCAAGCCGGAGUUCAAACCCCCAGUCACCAACGGGACUCGUCUCCAGUAGUCCAAAAUAAUCCGACAGCCAUGCGCCAGCCUCAUUUCCGACAACCGACCGCGUCUGUUGGCACGAGUGACGGCGGCAGCCUCGGUGUCUAUUCCCACGCCAAUUCUCCACUACGAAAAUCUGCCUCGGCCAAUUUUGUUGGAGAUCGAGCGGGAUCAGACCUUAACUUUAAGGAUAGGCUUGCUGCUCUAAGCCCUGCGAAGCGAGUUUCGAGUCCAUUGAAACGCAUAAGCUCUCCGGGAGGACUGAAUGGUACACCGCAGCAGCAGCAGUGGGGAUAUUCAAGUAGUGCCAACCGAAGGGAUACGGGGUACUUUUGA